CCCAUGUACGGGGACGCCGGCGCCUCCGCCUCUCCGCACGCCGAGGCGAUCGCCGCGGCGGUCCGGGACGACGCGCACCUCCCCACCCCCUCCGACGACGAGGACUGCGACGACCUGUACGGAGACGUCAACGUCGGCUUCCUCCCCCUCCUGCCGCUCUCCCCUUCUCCGACUCCCACAUCGCCUCCCGAAACCCCCUCCCCUGGCCGAUCCCCGUCUCCAUCCCCGCCGCUGUACCAAGCCCCAGCUCCGGAACCCCAGCCCGCACCCGAGCCCGAGCCCCAGCCGAAACCUACCACCCUAAAGCACCAGCCGCCGCCGCCUCCCGCGCCGAGAUACCAGCUGCCGCAGCCGCAGCCGGGUGGAGGAGACGCCUCCUCCUCCUCGCCGUCCUGCGCGGCGCUGUACGUCAGCGACCUCCCCUGGUGGACGACGGACGCGGAGGUGGAGGCCGCGCUCGCGCCGCACGCCGCCGCCGCCUCGCUCCACGGACUCCACUUCUACGCUGACAAGCACAACGGCAAGUCGCGCGGCGUCUGCCGCGCCGACUUCCUCCACCCCGCCGCGGCCGCCUCGGCCGCCGCCGCGCUCCACGGCUGCGCCUUCCACGGGCGCCAUUGCGUCGCCUCGCUCUCCCGCCAGCCUCCACUCCACCGCCUCAGCGACGACUCCGACUCCUAUGCCGAGGCGGCCCGGGCCCCGAACCGCACCCGUUGCCGCAACGGUGGCCGAGGCCGUGGCGCGAGCAACGCGACGACGGUUCGAGGCAAUGUGGGUCCUGCGUUGGGUGAUCGGCCGAUUCUAGCGCCACCUACACCACGGUCCAUGGCUCCCCGGCCGCUUGGACCGCCGUUGGGCGGGAUGAUGGGUGGUGGUGGGUUCCAGUCAGUGGGGCAGUACAACGCGGGAAUGGGUACUGGUAUGAUGCCGUCGGCGGUGGCGCCCCACGUGAACACAGCGUUCUUGGCAGCCGGCGGUAUGGCGAUGCGUGGCCCGGGGGUGUGGCGUGAUCAGGCGAUGGCUGGGGGCUUAUGGGGUGCUCAGCAGCCGUGGAAUUUCAGGGGUUGUCAGAUGCAUUGGCAGCAGCUAAUGCCACCAGCACAGCAGCUGUACGGGAACGGGGACUAUGGAAAGGAGCGUGGCAUGAGGCGGGAAAGACCAGUUAGUAAGAGUGAGGAGAGGGGCAUUGGCAAUGUGCGGAGCUAUCCGGAGAGGAGGCAGUCUGGCCGUGAUGGAAGUGAUUGGUACAAAGAGCAUGACUGUAAGGAGAGGGGUCGGCAUCGGGAGCGUGUCCUGGAGAAGGGAAGGGAGCGGGAGAGCCACUGGGAUGAGAGGGAUCGACAUGGAGGGGAGAAGAGGAGGUACCAGGAGUACACUGAGCGUUAUGAUUUCAAUAGGAGAGGACGAGCGAAGUCAAGGAGCCAAUCAAAGGAUGGUGACCAUGAUGAUCAUCCAAGGAGGCGGCGCUAAUUCUGCGCACCAGGAAGCGUCUUCUGGCUAAAUGGCAAGUUUAUUCAGUUUUUUGCAGUCCUGUUAAACAAGUUCUGCUCUCCCCAGAGUAGCUGCAUACACCAGGCGUACUCAGUACCAACUAUCAACUGAUUAAAAGGAAUUAGUAGAGAUAUGAACAUCACAGGGAAGCUUAUUUUCUGCAGUAGUUGAACUUAACUUAUUGUAAUGUAUGUGGAGAAACCACUCUAAGAUGGACUGGUUGGUAACCUUACUUUUGGCACGUACUAUGUCAUUACUUAACUCCAGAAAUAUAGACAAUGCUUAA